UCUGGGGAAGUUCCUCCGCAUUCCUUCUACACACAGCUACACACAGAGUUCAACCGCUCAGCACUAACCAAAAACAUAGAGUGACAGAGGGGGGAGGCUAUUCUCUUGAGUUCUUUAUGGCAGAAGUGAGCAGGCGUUGGGGGCUCUGUACCAGGACUUUGGAGGGGCUGUGGGCCUGCAGCAGAACAGAGACCAGGAUCCCAUCAUCAACUCUGUGCCAGCCAUGAGUGCAGCAGGAGUGGUUGAAGAUGCGGGCAGCAGCAGAGACCCUCCCUCGUCUACGGGCUCUGCUAAACUGCUCACAGCCUCGUCAGCCUCAGGACCCGGAUGGACCAGAGUCUCGUGUCCCUGCUGUAUGUCGGACCGGGUCGAUCCGCUGGUGCUGGUCAAACUGGGUCAAAAGGUCAGACCUGAGACCAAGAGGUGGCUGCUCAAACUUUUAGGAACACCACAGAAAGAUGGAGGUGCAGGCUUAUUGGCCCACCCUGGUGAGGAUGCCAGUGGGGACAUUAUGGUGCUCUCUGCCCCUCGCUGCACCCUGCUCCAGGCCACAGAGGAGCUGGGACUGUGUAAAAAGUACAAAAACGAAGAAAUGGAGGCGUUUUCAUAUGAGGACAGAGACAACUUUAAAGACUCAGACAAGAUGGAGGUGUUCCUGACCCUGGCGGAGCGGCAGUACAUAGUGAAGUAUGAGCUGGAUGGAACUCGGGCUCAGAGGGAAAUAAAAAUCCCAGGUCUGGACGACAGAUACGCUCUACAACCAAGAGACAACAUCUGGCGGAAGCUGACUUCGGCUGGCGUUGUUGUGGACACGGUUGCCCUUCACGACCAGGCGCAGCUGAGGGCCCUGAGCCAGGCCUGGUAUGUAGGAAACCAACUGGCCCAGCCUCUCGAUUCAGUCAAUUCCUAUUUUGGGACUUCUUUGGCAUUUUACUUCAGCUUCCUUGAUUUCUACACGUGGUCUCUGCUGCCCCCCGCUGUCCUAGGCCUGUCCAUUGCAUACUUCUCAGGUGAGGUGCAGAAGGAGAUGGUGGAGUCAGUGUCGGGGUCACAGAUCAUUGCUGACGAUCACGAGAGCCCCGGCAUCAGUGGUCACAUGAUCCAAGCGGUCUUCAGCAUGCUCUGGUCCACUGUGGUGAUGGAGCUGUGGAAACGGCGCAGUGCCUCCCUGUCAUACCGCUGGGGAACGCUCAGCCUCGCCGAACGCUUCGCCGAACCCCGACCAGGUUUCCAUGGCAACCUGGGGGUCAACCCUGUCACUGGCCGAAAGGAGCCCCUGUUUCCUGAAUGGCAGAGGGACCUCCGCAUGGCUCUGGUGUCAGUGCCGGUGGUCGGACUGUUUCUAGGGCUGGUGGUGCUGGGCAUGAUGAUGUUUUAUUGGGGCGAGGCUCAGGUGAAGAGGAUCCAUGCAGACUAUGACUCUCUGUUGUCUCAGACUUUCCUUUACCUGCCCUCUGUCCUUCACAUCGUAUACACCAACGUACUGGCCACUGUGUAUAAGACUGUGGCGGAGGCUUUAACUGAAUAUGAGAACCACAGGGAGGAGUCAGCCUUUGACAAUCACCUCACCGGAAAAGUCUUAGUGUUCACCUUCUUCAACUACUUUGCAGUGCUCUUCCAUAUCGCCUUUUUCAAACAAGAUGUGCCUUUGCUACGAAAGCGUCUAGCCUCGCUGUUGAUUGUGACGCAGUUGAUAAACCAGGUGACGGAGGUGGUGAUCCCGUACCUGGUGGACAGGUUUAUCAGUGCCCCGAACAGAGCCGAGACUGAAGAUGAUCCUCAAGAAGAUAAAUUCAGGAACCAAGGAAGUCUACCUGUAUUUCCGGGUCUGUUUGCAGAGUACAUUGAGCUCCUGGUGCAGUUUGGGUAUUUGAGUCUUUUUUCCUGCGUGUUCCCAUUGACGGCUGUACUGUUACUCAUCAAUAACCUGACAGAGAUACGAUCGGAUGCUUAUAAAGUUUGCAAACUCUUCCGCAAACCUUUCACUGCUCCUGUGGCCAACAUGGGCGUGUGGCAGAUUGCGUUCGAGGUGCUGAGUUUUGUCUCAGUGGUCUCCAAUUGCUGGCUCCUGAUGCUGUCGCCGCAGAUUCAAGCCGAGUGCCUUCAGGGUGAACUGAGCUGUACAAAUGUGCUGCUGUUGGCUGUGGGGAUGGAGCAUGUUCUCAUUCUUGUAAAAGUGGUGCUGUCUGUGCUGAUCCCGGAUGAACCAGGGUGGAUCAAGAAAAAGAGGCUUCAUAUAGAGUUUAAAUCAAUGCAGGCCCUGAGGCAGCAGAAGACAGUCCUGGGACAGUCCUGAAGGUGCUUUGAAGAUGCUGACUCUUGUACCAUCCGCAGUGUUGCAAACCGCUGUGCCUCCAGAUACUCAAAGUGUAGGCCUCUUUGCUUCAGCAGUGUUCAGGAGUGCACACACCAGGGCUUUCCACCACCUGCUUAUGUGAAUUCACUGUAUUGUAUCUCAUGCUACGGCUGACGAAAGCUGGUAAGGCUUGAAAAAAAGACUCUAAAAAGCUUGAAACGCACCUUUUAGCAAAUAUUCAGAAGAUCGUAUGUAUUUAUAGACAGACUUUUACCGAAGAUGACUAGUGAGGAAAAAAUCUUAAAAGUGCACUGUGUUUUUUUGGUGGUGGACAGCCUGCGACUUGUUUGCCUCCAUGGAAUGUUACUGUUGGAAUAUUCCUCAGUAUGGCAUUAAGCUUAUCUACUGUAUUCCCAUGGAGACAAACGUGUGCAGCCAGUCAAGUUACAGGUCAAAUCUGAGGAGGUUUUUCAGGUUUUUCAAAGUAUUUUGGAGAAAUAAAAUUGUAAUUGAAUAAAUACAAGGUGGAUAAAUUUUAUGCUAUACUGUGGAACUUUCAAAAGCAAAACUAUGCAAUUUCUAUGAAGGUGAGCAGGGAUUCUCCAUCUGAAAUUUACACAGUGCACCUUUCAGUACGUUCAUUUAAGAAAUUGAGUUGAUAGUAUUACUGCCAUCUUGUGGUCAGAUCAAGUAAUGGCAGUCAAAUUGCAGAGCUGUAACUUUGCCUUAAAAUUGUGUUUGUAUAUGGUCACAGUGGUGUGUGUGCAAUCCCCAGUUUUGUCAAAAUUGAAUGUUGUGGCUACAGCUGAGGCUGUUACCUUUCUGUUGUUUUAUAUUUCUGGUCUUUUAAUGGUUUUAUUUAAUGUUUGUAUUGUGUGGUAUGCUACAAAGAUGGUCCCAGUAAAACAUACUGUAAUCACAGUAUUGGAGAAACCAAAGGAAAACAGUUACAGUGUAUCUGUAUUUUACAUUAUUUUAUUACACCAAUAACAUUAACAAGAGAAACAGAGUGGCUCUCAGGGAUGGCAGCUUUACCUCUUUGUGCAACAAUAUACUAAAUGUUACAGCCAAUGAGAAAUACUAAUUAACUUACAGCAUGAUAAUUGAGCACUUAUGUGCUUUAUUCCUGUGAACCUUAGCCUCAUAAUGAAGUAAAUAGAUGGACUAUACUUUCUAUUUGCUCUUAAAUCACUGGCUUCUACACAAGGCCUACACAGCUGUUUCAAAUCACUAUAAACUGGUUAACUUGUUGAAUUCACAAGAAAAUGUCAGCCAUGCAUGUUCUAUUUUAUAAUAAAGUAAUGAAGUGAA